AGGUUCCAAGAAGUUUCUGAAGCUUAUGAGGUGCUGAGUGAUGAAGGCAAAAGAAAAGAGUAUGACUCAUGGGGAGCUACAUCGGAACAGAUGGGUAUGGGAGGACCUCCGCCAGGAGGCAAUCAAGGGUUUGGCGCCCAGCAUUGGCAAUUCCACUCUUCAAUUGAUCCAGAGGAACUAUUCCGCAAGAUCUUUGGAGAAGCUGGUUUUAGGGCAAACAACUUUGGAGAAGAGUUUGCUGAUUCCAAAUUUGGUUUUGGAGCAGCUCAAGAGGUGUCUAUGAGGCUGACAUUCACUCAAGCAGCAAGAGGGGUCAACAAGGAGAUCACUGUAAAUGUGGUAGACACCUGUCCCAAGUGUAACGGGUCUCGUACCGAGCCAGGGACCAAGGCUAUCCGCUGCCAUUACUGCAGUGGCACUGGCUUCGAGACAAUAUCAACGGGGCCGUUUGUGAUGAGGUCGACUUGCCGUUACUGCAAUGGAACUCGCAUGCUCAUCAAGUUUCCUUGUACCGAGUGUGAGGGCAAGGGAAGUAACGUUCAACGUAAGAAAGUUGUGGUGCGAGUUCCUCCAGGAGUUGAAGACGGGCAGACAGUUAGGUUACCAGUGGGAAACAAAGAACUGUUUAUCACUUUCCGAGUGGACAAGUCCGACUAUUUUCGCAGAGAUGGACCGGACGUUCACACAGAUGCUGAAAUCUCCUUGUCCCAGGCAGUCCUGGGUGGCACCAUCAGGAUACAAGGGAUAUAUGAGGACCACACUGUGCAGAUAUCACCAGGAACAUCAUCCCAUACAAGGCUGCGGUUGAGCGAGAAGGGGCUGAAGAAAGUGAACACGACGAGUGGCUAUGGAGAUCACUAUGUCCACAUCAAGGUCAAGGUACCCAAGAAGCUAACGGAGACACGAGCACUCGUAUUGGCAUACGCGGAGCUGGAAGAUGACACGCCAGGAAUCAUUCGUGGCAUCACGUACAAGAAAGAUG